AAGCGGGCCUAAGCCCGUUGCAUCCUGGCCUCCUUGCGCAUCUCAAUCGCACCUCAGAAACCCUGAGCCUCCUUUCCACCCCUCUCGCGCCUGCCACCCGCCCAUCGCGCCUUCUGCCUGCUGUUUCCUAGCGGCGUCCGCUCACUUCCCGUCCGCACCCUUCGCAUCCCGCAGCCUCGCCGCAUAGUCCCCCCGCCAGACACACGCAAUGGCCGACGAUAAGAAGAACGACGAGUACAUUGAGAUGCCCUCCGUCAAGGAGUUUAGGGCACCUUCGCCCACCGUGCGCCCCUCGCAACGGCCCCACGGAGCGCCUGCAGCUGCAGUCACCGAGAGCCCGCUGUUCGCCAUUCUCGCAUACUGCGGCUCCUCCAUCCUGAUGACGACGACGAACAAAUACGUGCUCUCCGGCGUCGACUUCAACCUGAACUUUUUCCUGCUGGCCGUCCAGUCCGUCGUCUGCGUCGCCGUCAUCUCCACGCUGAAGGCCUCUGGGACCAUCACGUACCGCGACUUCAACAGCGACGAGGCCAAGAAAUGGUUCCCCAUCUCUCUCCUCCUCAUUGGCAUGAUCUACACGAGCACCUGGGCGAUCAAGUACCUGUCGAUUCCCGUCUACACCAUCUUUAAGAACUUGACCAUCAUUCUGAUCGCAUACGGAGAGGUGCUAUGGUUUGGCGGCUCAGUGACGCCCAUGGCCCUGGGCUCCUUCGGCCUGAUGGUGCUCAGCUCCAUCGUUGCCGCCUGGGCUGAUAUCCAGCACGCUUUGACUAGCCACGAAGCGGCCGAUGCUUCCAAGGACGCUGUCUCUACCCUGAACACCGGAUACUUCUGGAUGGCCCUCAACUGCUUUGCGUCUGCUGCCUACGUUCUCGGCAUGAGGAAGCGCAUAAAGCUUACCAACUUCAAGGAUUUUGACACCAUGUACUACAACAACCUCCUAACUAUCCCUAUCCUCCUCAUCGCUUCGCUUCUCGUCGAAGACUGGUCCUCUGCCAACCUGGCCAAGUGCUUCCCACCUGAGCUGCGUAACCGUGUCAUUUCUGUCAUGGUCAUCUCCGGCAUGUGCUCCGUCUUCAUCUCCUACACCUCCGCCUGGUGUGUCCGCGUCACCUCCUCCACCACCUACUCUAUGGUCGGCGCCCUCAACAAGCUCCCCAUCGCCAUCAGCGGUCUCGUCUUCUUUGACGCUCCCGUCACCUUCGGCAGCGUUUCCGCCAUCUUCAUUGGAUUCAUUAGCGGUAUUGUGUACGCCAUCGCAAAGGUCCGCCAGAGCAGCAAGCCCAAGGAGGUUCUGCCCACGACCAACGCCCAGAAGUAAACGCCGGGAUAUUUACCUUAUACAAUUUAAUCGUCGCUUUCGACAGGACUUUUGCGCCCGUUGCGUUACUUCUUUGGCCAUGUUGGAUUGCAUCCAGCGUGAGCCCCCGGGGUUGGUACAGCUGCAAG